AUGUUGCUAUCAUAAACAUUAGCUUGUUCAGGUACACAUAUGAAUAUUAUCUAGAUCAGAAUUGCGUAGAAUGUAAUUAAACUACAAUUUGCACUGCUUGUGUAUCAAUAUUGACCAAACUCUUAGGUUUCUCCCCUAAUAUUAAGCAAUAAUUAAUGUGUUUCCAGUUGUCCAACAAAUUAUUAUCCUGACUCUAUAAAUAAUGUGAGAUAGUGUUUAAAAUGCAAUGACAAAUGUUUGGAAUGUUUUAAUGGCACACCAUCUGGUUGUACUAAAUGCAUGAAGCCUUUGAGAUUAAUGUGUGGCAAUUGUAUUGAUAGUGUAGCAGAUUCUGGUUGUUCUGAUUGUAGUUCUCAAUGUGUAAUAAUACAAUCAAAUAUUUAAGAUAACAUGUUUUGGCAGAACUUCAUCUGAAUGCUAUCUUUGUAAACUUCCUAAUUUCCAUUCUCCAAACACAGACAGUUGUGAAUUAAUAUGUGAACAUCCAUUAUAUGGAGAUGUGAAUGACUUCUAGUGUAAAAACUUUUGUCCUUCAGGCACUUAUGGUUAACCAAUCACAAGAUAAUGUUUGCCAAAUUGUCCAGAUCCUUAUUUUAAAAAUUAAUUGAAGACAAAUUGUGUGAAGGAAGUAUACCUAUGAUUAAAAUAUCAAGUGUCCAAUAGGUACAUAUCCCUAAGAUAAAUCUUGUUUGAUUUGUCAUACAAGCUGUGAAACAUGUUCUGGUGGAAAAUCAACAGAUUGUAUAUUCUGCAAAGAAGGCUUAUAUAUGAAUAACAAAUAGUGUGGAUAAUGUGAGAAAAUGUAAUACUCAAAUAAUGAAACAAGAACAUGUGUUGAUUUCAUUACAUAUUCCUUAAAUAUUUUAGAAGCUUAUGAUUCAACAAUAGUAUUUGAAAUUUCAUUUUCAAGCAGCAUAAAUCCAGAUACUCUUGAUCUUAAAUCUUAGAUAAAUGUUAUGGAUAUAGAUAGUUCAUAAUAUUAAAUGUAAAUAAUAGUUUAAAUAAAUUAGGACAUUAAGUUCUGUUUAAGAUGA